AUGAACUCCGUUCAUCCCCCGGGGUCGUUCCUGCGGCUCCCCGAACCGGGCCGGUACCGUGGGGCUGGGAUGAGCUCCGUGCAUCCCCCGGUACCAGGAUGGGCUCUGGGCAUGCCCCGGUACCGGGAUGGGCUCUGGAAAUGUCCCGGUACCGGGAUGGGCCCCGUGCACCCCCGGUACCGUUCCCGCAGCUCCCCGGUGACCGAGGCUCUCGGGGGAGCAGCUGACGGCGCCUGGCCCCGGCAGCAAAUGGGAUCCGCCUCCGGCCCUUCCCGCAGCCCUGCCCGCCCCGGCGGCGCCACAGGGGCCUGCGGACACACGGGGGGUGGAGAGCAGCUAAAGCACGGAACGAUGCUGGGGGAUGAGGAUGAGGAUGAGGAUGGGGCGAGGAGGGAGAGUGAGGAAGGCCACCAGCACAUCUCACCCCCUCUCCCCUCUCCCCAGACCGUGUGCGCCGGCGGCCACCUCCCCAAAGCCUUGGGCUACCUGGAGAUGGGCACCUCAGCCCUCCUCAAGGACGUGCCCUACGGUGCCCUGAACCCCCCGGCGCUCCACCCCGGGCACCUGAUCCCGGCAGAGCCCCCCAGGGUGGGCACGGGGGUCCCGGCUGGCACCUCCCACAGCCCCUGGCACUGGCAGAAGAACCAAACAUCCCUGGAAGCGCCGAACCCCCGCGCCCACCGCAAGCCCAGCCUCAAAUCCAGCCGCGCCAAGAAGAUUUUCGGCUGGGGCGAUUUCUACUUCAACAUCAAAACGCUCAAGUUCAGCCUCCUGGUGACGGGCAAGAUCGUCGACCACAUCAACGGCACCUUCAGCGUUUACUUCAGACACAACUCCUCCAGCCUGGGCAACGUCUCCGUCAGCAUCGUGCCGCCCUCCAAGGCCGUGGGCUUCGAGGUGGUGGUGCCAGCCCUGCCGGGGCCGGCUCUGCGUGCCCAGCAGAGCACCCUGCCCGAGGGGCGCCCGGCCAAGGCGCUCAACUGCCACGUGGAGUACGAGAAAACCAACAGGGCCAGGAAGAACAAGCCGUGCCUCUACGACCCUUCCAAGGUUUGCUUCACCGAGCACACGCAGAGCCACGCGGCCUGGCUCUGCUCCAAGCCCUUCAAGGUCAUCUGCAUCUUCAUCUCCUUCCUCAGCAUCGACUACAAGCUGGUGCAGAAGGUCUGUCCCGACUACAACUUCCAGCAGGAAAAUCCUUAUUUUGGUUGAUGGCAGUGGGGCCGUGAAUGUGGUGGCACUUGGGGGUCUCCUCUUCAUCACUGUGACCUUCAGGGCCAUCUGCAUCUUCAUCUCCUUCCUCAGCAUCGACUACAAGCUGGUGCAGAAGGUCUGUCCCGACUACAACUUCCAGCAGGAUAACCCCUAUUUUGGCUGAUGGUAGCAGGACAGGGGUUUGGUGGCAUUUGGGGGUCUCCUCUUCAUCGCUGUGACCUUCAGGGUCAUCUGCAUCUUCAUCUCCUUCCUCACCAUCAAGGUGCAGAAGGUCUGUCCCGACUACAACUUCCAGCAGGAAAAUCCUUAUUUUGGUUGAUGGCAUAGGGACAGGGAGGGGUUUAGUGGCACUUUGGUGGCACUCGGCACCUUGUCACCCUCACAGGAGCCUCCUCUCCUCCUCUUCAUCACUGUGACCUUCAGGGCCAUCUGCAUCUUCAUCUCCUUCCUCAGCAUCGACUACAAGCUGGUGCAGAAGGUUUGUCCCGACUACAACUUCCAGCAGGAUAACCCCUAUUUUGGCUGAUGGCAGUGGGACAGGGGCAUUUGGGGGGUCCUUGUUACCCCCAUGAGAGCCUCCUCUUCAUCACUGUGACCUUCAAGGUCUUCUGCAUCUUCAUCUCCUUCCUCAGCACCGAUGGUGCAGAAGGUCUGUCCCGACUACAACUUCCAGCAGGAAAAUCCCAAUUUUGGUUGAUGGCAGUGGGGCAGUGAAUGUGGUGGCACUUGGGGGUCUCCUCUUCAUCACUGUGACCUUCAGGGCCAUCUGCAUCUUCAUCUCAUUCCUCACCAUCGAUUACAAGCUGGUGCAGAAGGUCUGUCCUGACUACAACCUCCAGCAGGAAAAUCCUUAUUUCGGCUGAUGGCAGCGGGGCAGGGUUUUGGUGGCACCCACAGGAGCCUCCUCUUCAUCACUGACCUUCAAGGCCAUCUGCGUCUUCAUCUCCUUCCUCACCAUCGAUGAUUCAAUUACAAGCUGGUGCAGAAGGUCUGUCCUGACUACAACCUCCAGCAGGAAAAUCCUUAUUUUGGCUGAUGGCGGUGAGGCAGGGUUUUGGUGGCACCCACAGGAGCCUUUUCUCCUCCUCUUCAUCACUGUGACCUUCAAGGUCUUCUGCAUCUUCAUCUCCUUCCUUAGCAUCGAUGGUGCAGAAGGUCUGUCCUGACUACAACUUCCAGCAGGAAAAUCCUUAUUUCGGCUGAUGGCAGUGGGGCACUGGAUUUGGUGGUAUUUGGGGUCCCUGUCAGCCUCCUCUUCAUCAUUCUGGCCUUCAAGGUCACAGGAGCCUCCUGUUCAUCACUGACCUUCAAGGCCAUCUGCAUCUUCAUCUCCUUCCUCACCAUCGAUGAUUCAAUUACAAGCUGGUGCAGAAGGUCUGUCCUGACUACAACCUCCAGCAGGAAAAUCCUUAUUUUGGCUGAUGGCAGUGAGGCAGGGUUUUGGUGGCACCCACAGGAGCCUUUUCUCCUCCUCUUCAUCACUGUGACCUUCAAGGUCUUCUGCAUCUUCAUCUUCCUCAGCAUCGAUGGUGCAGAAGGUCUGUCCCGACUACAACUUCCAGCAGGAAAAUCCCAAUUUUGGUUGAUGGCAGCGGGAACAGGGGCGGUUUUGGUGGCACCCACAGGAGCCUCCUCUUCAUCACUGUGACCUUCAGGGUCAUCUGCAUCUUCAUCUCCUUCCUCAGCAUCGAUUACAAGCUGGUGCAGAAGGUCUGUCCCGACUACAACUUCCAGCAGGAAAAUCCCCAUUUUCAGCAAGAAAAUCCCAAUUUUGGCUGAUGGCAGCAGGACAGGGGUGGGUUGGUGGCACUUUGGUGGCACUUGGCACCUUGUCACCCCCACUGCAGCCUCCUCUUCAUCACUCCAAGCCCUUCAAGGCCAUCUGCAUCUUCAUCUCCUUCCUCAGCAUCGACUACAAGCUGGUGCAGAAGGUUACAACUUCCAGCAAGAAAAUCCCAAUUUUGGCCGACGGCAGCGGGGCAGGGGGGUUUGGUGGCAUUUGGGGGUCCCUGUCACCCCCUCUGCAGCCUCCUCUUCCUCACUCCGUGCUGGGUUGUGGGACAGUUGGUGCUGGGGGUCCAGGACCCCACCCAAAGCUGUUCCAUCAUUGGGGUUCAGUUGGGGCCAGGGUUUGUGGGUUCCACCCCAAAACGACAUCCCAGCCCUGCAGCACAAUGGGGUACAGGCAGUUCUGGGGGUCCCACCCAUCCACUGGGACCCCAUCAUUGGGGUACACCUUUUUUUGGGGGUCCCCCAUUGAGACCCCAGCACUGCAGCCCCCUAUUCUAGGGUACACCUUGUUUUUUGGGUCCCCUCCAAUCCUGAGACCCCAUCCCUGGGGUACAUCUGUUUUUGGGGGGGUCCCCUCCAUCCCCUGAGACCCCAUAAUUGGGGUACAC